CUUGUGAGGAAAACCAGUUGGGGCAUUUUUUUCUUCGCCUUGCUACAUCUGGUAGUAGUAUCCGUCAGUGGCCAUAUGUAAUUUAACCUCAUUCAUUCACUUUAGACGCACUUUUUGUUAAGACCAAGCUAAGGUUUUUUGGAUUGAAAAGCUGCGUGUUCCUCUCCGCUCCGCCAUCCUCUUGGACGUUUAUCAGUGUAUGCCUCGGUGACUGUCCGUUGCAGGCUGGGUGUUGACAGCAUAGCACAAUGAUCGAGCGACCAGAAACUGCGGUUCCCAGCAUCGCUCAGCGGAACCUGGAGGGCUAUGUGGGCUUCGCCAAUCUGCCCAACCAGGUGUAUCGGAAGUCAGUCAAAAGAGGGUUUGAGUUCACAUUAAUGGUUGUAGGUGAAUCUGGUCUCGGUAAAUCGACACUCAUCAACUCUCUGUUCCUGACUGACCUGUACUCCAAGGACUACCCUGGGCCCUCCCAGCGCAUCAAGAAGACUGUGCAGGUGGAGCAGUCCAAAGUGCUGAUUAAGGAAGGAGGGGUCCAACUGACACUCACCAUUGUCGACACACCAGGGUUCGGAGAUGCAGUGGACAACAGCAACUGUUGGCAGCCAGUCAUAAACUACAUUGACAGUAAGUGUGAGGACUUCCUGAACGCGGAGUCGAGGGUGAACCGCAGGUCCAUGCCAGACAACAGAGUCCACUGCUGCCUGUACUUCAUAGCGCCCUCUGGACACGGUCUGAAGCCGCUUGACAUUGAGUUCAUGAAGAGACUCCAUGACAAAGUCAACGUCAUCCCUCUUAUCGCAAAAGCCGACACUCUGACCCCGGAGGAGUGCCAGCUUUUUAAAAAACAGAUAAUGAAAGAGAUACAGGAGCACAAAAUUAAAAUUUAUGAGUUCCCAGACACGGAGGAUGACGAGGACAACAAACUCAUCCGAAAGAUCAAGGAGAAGAUGCCACUGGCGGUGGUCGGUAGCAACGUGGUAAUUGAGGUGAACGGCAAGAAGGUCAGAGGUCGGCAGUAUCCGUGGGGCGUGGCAGAAGUGGAAAAUGGGGAGCACUGCGACUUCACUGUGCUUCGCAACAUGUUGAUCAGGACCCAUAUGCAGGAUCUAAAGGAUGUCACCAACAAUGUCCACUACGAGAAUUACCGCAGUAAGAAACUCGCUGCCGUCACCUGUAAUGGAGUGGACACCUCCAAGACCAAGGGACAGCUCACUAAGAGUCCCUUGGCACAGAUGGAGGAGGAGCGCAGGGAGCACGUGAUGAAAAUGAAGAAGAUGGAGGCAGAAAUGGAACAAGUCUUUGAAAUGAAGGUUAAGGAGAAGAAGCAGAAACUGAAGGACUCGGAGGCUGAGCUGGAGCGACGCCACGAGCAGAUGAAAAGGAACUUGGAGGCGCAGUACAAAGAGCUGGAGGAGAAGAGACGAGUGUUUGAGGAAGAAAAGUCCAACUGGGAGGCUCAGCAGAGAAUCCUCGAGCAGCAGAAACUGGACGCCUCCAAGACGAUGGAAAAGAACAAGAAGAAAGGAAAAAUCUUUUGAAGAGAGACACCACACGUUCCUUCAGUUUUACAUAAACUCAUUUUUUUCUUCAUACCCUACGAAGUUCACAUGUGCCGUGGCGCUCCAAACAUACACAGACACAAACAGAUAUAACAGCACAUUGUACAACAUUUCCUUUGUGUUACAUUCAACAUGCACCCUGUGUGACAUGGACUCCAUUUACACAUACACACAUGCAAAUGCCCACGACAGCCCACGUGCUUGUCUCUCUGCAGGGUUAUACUGAGUCUGUGGAAAUCUUUUCUUUUCAUGGGGAUCGCAUGUUUUGUGAAAUUCUAUUUUCCUAUAUUUCCUGACAAAGAGGAGAAGCCAGAGUUCCUCUGAGCUACAUAAGGAGUUAACACAUGGCAGGGACCAUGCAUAGCCAUUUGUACACAUGUAGUAGUUGUAUGUUCUCUACAUAUUCCAUAGAUAUGCAGAUAGAUGUACUAUUCCUCUCCUUGAUGCUCGUUCUUUUAUUGUUCUCCAACAUUUAACACAAGUGUAUACACAUUAACAUACUGAGUCAUAAAGACCUCAUUGAGAGUGUGUAAGAACAAGGAGGAGUGUAUAUGAGGGAAGGCAAAAGAAUCAGGUUACAGCUGACAAGGGAAGAAGUCAGGUGGGAUUAAGGCCCAGUCACAUUAGAAAGUGUCUUAUGUGGUUAGUAUACAUGGUUCUGCAAGCUGGGUUACACAGUCAGGGCCAGUUAAUAACUUCUGUAACUGGGGAGCUAAUUGCUAACAUGCUUUCCAGCUGGGAACAUGCUAGAGCUAUUUCGUCACAGUAGCUUUUUUACCUUUCCGCUUUCACAGUACUGGGCUAUUUACUUCUCCCUCGCUUUUCACUCUCAGGAUUGUGCAUCAUUUUAUUCCAUAAAGAGUUACUGAAGGUAGAAUAAGCAAAUUCAUUGCCUUUUUCUUCAUAGCUGUAAUAGAUCAUUUCUCUUUUCAAGAACAUAAGGAGAUAAACUAAGAUUGAACAAUGCAACACAGCUACCAAGCCAGCCUAAGUGAUUGGUGUGAAAAAUUCUCCCUCAUAAGUCAAUCCGCUGAUGAAAACUUUGCCAUUGUGCAGGUGUGACUGGGCCUUUAAACAGGAUUUACAGUGCAAUGGCAAAGUAUGGGGUGUGUUAUGAGCAGGUGUGUUUUAUUUAAUGCUGUGUUUGAGGUCAAAGACACUGUCUGAUCUGAGCCAGACAGACAGGACAAGGGAGAUAAGAAGUUUGUGUGUAACAGCUACAAUAUUGUCAUUGCAGUGUGUUUCCUAUUUAGAAAGAGGGCAAUAUGCAAAUGCCUCAUUGGUGUGUGCAACUUUACAGGUUAUGGUGAUUACAAAGAUGUUUUAUAUUGUGAUGUAAGUGAUGGAUGUUGUCAUAGACUUGAACCCUGAAGUCCAGCUUUCUCUGACUUCUUUUCCCCUUUGUCGCAUAACCUGUAAAGGGAUAGUUCAUCAAAAAGUUGAAAUGUUCCUUUAACCUUCCGUUCUCCCUGGACUCCUCAGAAAGUCAACUGUGUGGAGAAGUUUGACCCUUUCAAUGACAAUUAUUAUGUAACUAUUCUCUUAAACAGAAUAUGUGAAGGUCUGAGUCAGAAAUCAGUGAAGUACGACACAUUUGGACCUUUAUUAUACCUUUCCAAGAGUUGUCAUGAUUUAUUUUGAUAUGAUGAUGAUGCUAUAUGUACAGUUAAAGAGUGACUCCUUAAAUCCCUUGUAGUUUUUCUUCAGUGACUCAGAUUAAUUUUAGUAGUUUUUCAGUCAUCAUGAUGCAUUUAAAGCAAAUGCUAAAGGGAGAAAAUCUUACACCUUUAACACAUAAGAUAUUAUCUGUAUGGGCUUGUUCAGGAUGGAAAUGCGUAUAUUGUGUACAUACUGCAGGCUGCUCAGAGGCCUUUUUUUCUUGAGUUUUUUUAGUUUUUUUCAGACUAUUAUAUGACAGGAAUAACAACAGAACCUGAUAUGUAAAACUUGUCUUAUGAAUCCAUGAAUACAUUUCCAGACAUUUAUACACACACACGUAUAUACUGAAUACAUCUAUGCCAAUGAGUAAACCUUCUCAGGACCGUUCUGUUAUGCUACAUUUUCUCUUAAGUCCAGAGAAAAGCGAUUCUGUGGUCCAACAAGUCAAUAAAAGUGACUGAAUAUUCUUUGCGAUGCUUGUGAACCACUCACCCUUCCAGUAACACCAAGUUCAAAUAGACAUAAGUUUAGGUGGGGUUUGUUUUGUAAUAUUUUCUUUUUUAUAUAUAUGUACACUGUUUUCUGCUUCUCUACUUUGUUUUAUUAUGUGUUCUGUCUCUAACCGUAAAUGGUUAAUAUUAAAGUUGACAAGGUUAUGCUUUAACUCCCAA